AUGCUACCACCUGAGUGGGCAAGCCGAAUUCGAGAGAGUCGUUUUUUCAGCAAUGUGUACAUUCGAGGGUUGGGAGCUUUCAUGCUUAUCUGUUGCGUGUGUUCCUUAUCACAGCAAUAUGCGUUUGUGAGCGUUGAGAGUCUUGAUUCCAAAAAAGAUAUUCAUGACUCGAAAUUACAGGAAACAAUUUCUUUGGCAAUUCAAAAUGCAGAGGGGAUGCUUGAUGAUCCUGAAGAAGCUGAGUCGUGGAAAUCACCUGAACCUUUCGCUUCAUUGGAUAGUGUAACGAAUCAAAAGGAGUCAAAUAUGACCCCAGCACUUUCCCAAGUAGAGACACAAACAGCAUCGGUAUUGCCUACACUGGCUCCAACGAUAGUGCCUGUUCCAGCUCCGAAGGCAGUGUUACCACCUAGUCCAAAAGAGGAGCUAGUCAAUAAUACAACUUUUGAGCAGCCGAAGAUAAAGCCAGCGGUCAAGUCGACGGCAAAGCCAAUCAAGAAGCCAACACCUAUUGCCGAACCCCGCCAAGCUGUCAAGAAAAAUUCGAAGGGUAUCCUUCUGUGUUUACACGAUGGAAUUAUGGAGCUUGGCCUCUCUUUGAUUCGCGAGUUGCGAUGCCUUGGCAAUAAGGAGCCCAUUGAGGUACAUCAUUGUCAUGAUCUUACGAAACCUUCUAUCGAUCUCCUCUAUGGUCUCGAUGACAAUAUCCAGGUUGUCGAUUUGUGUGAACGGUACAUCAUGAAAAAGGUUCUUUCGGAAGCCAUGGCCAAAACUUUCCAAAGUUACUGGAUCAAGCCGCUUGCCGUGCAUUAUACCAGCUUUGAAGAACUCAUAUAUCUGGAUGCUGACGCCAUUUUGCUAAAGAAUCCUGCAACGUUGAGAUCUAACGAAGGGUAUAAAAAGCAUGGCACGUUGUUUUUCUACGACCGCGUGAUCAACACUAAUCAGUACUUAAACAAGCGCACGAAUCGUGGCAUGAUUUACUUGCACCAAUGGCUCAAAACAUUCGACUACAAACGCUUCGGUCUCAAUUAUACAGCUCCGUCGUCGGCAUUUAAAGCCUCUUUUGCGUACCGUGGCAAGACAGCUCACGAACAAGACUCAUCGAUGAUCUUGAUCAACAAAGGCAAAGCUGGCAAGGCGAUGAACGUAUUGUGGUAUCUGAUAACUGAACAUCGGUUUAUCUACGAGUUCUCAUGGGGUGACAAAGAGUCUUUCUGGCUAUCAUAUGAGUUUUCACACACACCGUACUUCUUCUCACCUUAUGGCGCUAGCGUCGUGUCGGCUACACCAAACAAGGAUAUGCAGCGUCAUCCGGACACGCUAUGUGGUAGUUUGGCGCACUUUGACCCGACUCUUAAUACUAGUGCUCCGGCUGAAUUGCUUUAUGUAAACGGACGAUCUCUUGUGGAUCCUGUGCCAUUUCGGCUUCAUAAGCUCAAACAGCUGCAGCCAAACCUCGUAUUUAAUAUGCUACCGACCCAUGUGACACCACGACAGAGGCGACGUGCUCCUGCUGGUAUGACUGAGUGGUUUGAAUGUAUGACUGGCAUGGGUUCAACGCCUGUGCCACCACAUUUUUUACCAAAUUUGUGGAGACGGCGCCAGCACUUUCAAGCUAUCUCUAUGGGCUAUAUUGAGCCUUUGCUGGUAUGUAGCAAUCCAGGCGACCGCCUUCCAGAUGUCCCUGCGCCUAAAAAAAAGAGUAAAAGAUAA